ACAGUUUGGGGGUCUUUUGUCGUUUUGUUCGACUCAUAAUAUGCUCCAGGUUUUCAGUGGGUGACAACUCUGGGCUGCAGUCAGGCCAGUUCAGAACUCAGACUCCUCUACUACCGAGCCAUGCUGUCGUAAUUUCAACCAAACAUAAUCUAACACCUUUAAGCUGUAUUAAAAAAGAUGCUCAGUCUUAAUGAUGGUUCACAGAUGGACACUUUUGCACCCUCAUGCCAUCAGGGAUGCUAUCUUUAAAACUGUGCACUGAUAACAAGCCUCACUGCCUUUACAGCAGAGGAUGUUGAAUCCAUAAUUUCCAAUGCGUGGCACAGUUUUAAUCAGCAGUUAUGGAUGAAUAUACAAACUGUUCACAGGCAGAGGUUUUGGAUCUGAGUUUGAGCCCAUGUUAUGGUUCCCACUACAGAGUCGGUGCCUGUGUUUACUGUAUUGUAGCACCUGAGGAUGUAAAGGUCACAGCCAUUCAGUACUGGUCUCUUUUUUGCGGUCCACUACCAAUGAACUGCACAAAACAGUCCAGUUAUAAUCAAACACAGUAGAGCGGAAGGCUUCUACUCCAAACUGGAGUCAUGAUUGUAGUGUGACAUGAAGGUUCGAUGGAAGGUGGUUGAAUAAUUCUAAUGAUGAGAAACAGCAGGAUGGAGACAGAUAACUUUCUUUCUUUGACUCCUCAGCCAUCUUGUCAUCCCCACAACAUAACCCAAAAACUUUACAUCCUGGACAACCCUGAUCACAUGUCACGACACUUACAAAUCAGAGGCUGGGAGCUCGAAGUAAAUAUAAAUAAACCUCAGAAACACAUUCAGCAUAAUCUGCUCACCCUCACUAACAGCUGCAGAGAAAAAGCAUUUCAACUUGUAAAUAUGAACCUGUCAACAUUUAGUGAAUAGUUCUCUGUAUGAAUUCUAUAAACACAAUUUUUUAUUUUAACUUUUAAAUAGUUUAUCCCCCUGCUGUAUUCUCACCAAAGCUGUUAAUUCAUUUACAUCUCCUUUGUCCACUUACAGGCCCACACAGCUCCACUUUGGAGACCACACGUUCGAGCUAUAAAACGUCGGUCACGUGUUCGUGGCCACUGCUCUCGUCUUUCCCACGGUGUCCCCGCAGCAUCAAAGGGUUUCCACGAGCAAAUGCGGAACAAUUGUGGUGCGAAACGGCGCACCAGCCCGAGACGGCUGCCCAAAUGGCACGCGUGGUCUAUUGUGGCGUGUGGGUGUGAAUGACAAGGGUAACACAUUGUCACACCUUCCCGCCUGCCUGCGGUCUGAAUGACAAACGCAGAGGCGACACGCGCGAAUGGUGAGGUGACGGCACCCGUCGAAAAGAGGCGCGCGAUUUAGGAGGAAUUAAAGACAGAAAGACGUUUUUACGCAGCGAAUAAAACAGUCAGGAGUGAAAAUGGUGAGUCACACAUGAUGAUAAACUUUAUCAGAAUAACAUGUAGAUCAUUAUUUCUCACGAGGUUUGAUCUUGAACGAAAAUGAGGGUCGGUUUGAAUGUUUUAAUAACAGAAGAACAUUUGGAUUUAGGUGCAAACUCUCACCUCACACCUCAAAUGGUUCGUGCCAAACACAAAUGGUCCAUGCGCUGUCAAAGCACAGCUGUAAGUUUUCUCUAUUGUACCAUCCUACAACAUAUAAAGCUUAUAUACAAUAAUGAAAACACUGUUAACCUGGAGUUGAGGGCAAAACUUGUGAGAACCAUGACGAAGGUUGUAUUUUUUGACAAUCAGCUGCCCAUGAUAAGGUCUAUUUCUGUGUGUCUUUAUAACAAAUAGUGUCAAAUAACUUAAUGCAACAGUCAAAUCAACUUGUCUUUUAUCAUUUCAUCCUAACGCUUUUCAAACAGAGCAAGUCUGAACUAAAACUGUCAGUAUUUCCCAGUAAAACCUCAAACUCUGGUAUUUUACGCAUGGAUUUUACGCACGAGUUUGCGCGUCGCAUGUGAAGUUUCGUAACACGUCUUUUGUUUCUGAAGCCUUUUUAUUGCCUGACUGUGUCGUAAAGGUUUCGAAACAAUAAACUGUUAGGUAACUCUUUAAUUUCACUCAGUUUCAUAUUAACAGUGAGUGGAAAACGAUGGGAAAGAGCGUCUGAGGGGAGGGGGUGGACAGUUGCAAAGACAAAGUGGGUGGGGUUGUGAAGUGUGGUGGAGUGGGAGGAGUCUGUGGGACCGGCUGCUAGUGGGAGUUUAAAGCAGCGUCCUGAUCCUGGGCUCCACAUUUCCUGAUCAGCUGCUGACUGAGGAAGACCCUCACUCUGAUUCUGGAUACAACUGACCACGUUGGAUUACGGGCUACUACCAUGAAGCUGCUACAGCAAAGAGAGGAUGCUUCAAACGACAGAAAGGUAAAAAAUUCAGCUUUUUGGAGGUAGAGGUGAAUGGAUAAACUCUCUUUGAAGAUUAGACACAAAUUAGGAUGGUGGACAUUUGUUUAGGUUGGAUUGUAAAGACUGCAAAGAUAGUGGUUUAUGACAAAAAUAUCUCAGAAAACUUUUUAAAAACUUUUCUAUGUAAUCCUUUUUGUCUCUGCGUGUUUAAAAACUCCCUCGACUCUUUUUCUCUUUUGCUCCUAGUAUAUAAAGUCUCAGGUGGAGAAACGCCGCAGGGAGAGGAUGAACUGCAGUCUGGAGCGUCUGAGGACCAUGUUAGUUCAAGAGCCACAACAACUGGUAAAUAAAAUCAUCCUCUCAAUGCACAAAUAUGAGGCUUCCUUACUCAUGCCAGCAGACGCCAUUAACUAAAUCCUUAUGUUUUCAUUCAGGGUGAGACCCGGAGAGUGGAGAAAGCAGAGAUCCUCGAGCACACCGUCCUCUUCUUGCAGAAAACUGCGACAGAGGACACAAGAGCGAGUCCUGAUGGAGGUGGUGGGGGCAGAAAACACUCCUUCCAGGACGGCGUCUCCUCCUGCCUGCAGAAAGCAGCUCAGUUUCUGGGACCUGAGGGGAAAGGCCUGUGGCUCGGAGCAGCACUGGACGCGUCUUUUGCUGCUCGUGUUUCCCGGACAAACUCUGAUUCUGCUGCAGGUUUCAAGAGAAGAACUGAAGCGUCCUCCUCCAGCUCUCUUUCACACACUAAAUCCAUCCUGCAGAUGCUGAGGCAGAAGUCCAAGCAGAGACUGCACACAGGAGCCUGCAGUCCCAAGAGUUUUACUCAUCCAUACCGACUUCAGGUCCGGCAGGGCUUUUCAGGAGUUUCCCAGCAGGCUCAGAGACAAAACCAGCACGAGACCAGAGUGGAGAGGCGAGCUGGGAAACAAAGCCCGACUCAAAGCCGCCCAGUCAGCCAGACUCUGUGGAGACCCUGGCCCUGACCACACAGAAACUGACCUUUAAUGACUCUGAUGUAUUUCUAAUCCAUGUGAGCUGUAACGUUCCUGACUGAACUUCUGUAACCGUAAAAAACAAAACUGUCUCUGAUUCUCUGAAGCUCUCACAAAGUCAAACCCUGUAAAUAAUGUAAAAAUCUCUUCUGUAUGAACAUGUGCUGUUUUAUGUGAAUGUCUUCACUCACUGCUUGUGUUCAGUGGUUGUGAAUGAGUGCAGACAGCAGGGCAGCGGUCUCCUCUCUGCAGGCAGACUCUCCUGGACGGGGGAGAGCUGGAUCUCGUGGCCGGGCUGAAACUGUCGCUGUGCUGAAGAAGGAUUUCAGAGGUGAGUCUCAGCAGGAUCAAGAGUACAUCUGUGCUCUGUUCGCUCUCACACACUGGAUCAACUCGGUGCUAUCAUUCUGUUCAAGUGUGAUGCUGAAGAGGAUAAUGAUUGAGUGUCCAUCCAUCACGUUUUUAGGUGUGGGAGCUCAGGGUUCGAGGCAGGGAGCCCCUCACCUUCACCUUCACCUGUGUGCCAUGAUGUCUGCAGGCAGCUCUGUCUACAUUAUGACCUCUCUUUAAAUUUAUAUUUUGUCUAUUUUGCACAUUAAUUUAUUCUGGAUGUCUCCCUAUGGUGAGCAGUAUUCUCUUUUAUACGAAAAUAAAAACAUUCCUAGAAAUAAA